UCUAAGUCGUUGACUAUCAGUAUCAACAGGGAUUGAGUGAAAGAAAUGGCACUGCCAAAACUGUCGUUUAUACCUAAUAUUGAAAAAUUGUCAGAGAGGGUUAUAAGAAUUUUAGGAUGCAACUCAAAUCCAAUGACACUUCAAGGAACGAAUACUUAUUUAGUCGGAACUGGGGACAGAAGAAUCUUAAUUGACACUGGUGAUCCAAAUGUUCCUAACUACAUCCAAAAUCUCCAGAGUGUUUUAUGCGACUUCCAGCUUAAAAUCCAGGAAAUAAUCUUGACCCACUGGCACUUAGAUCAUGUAGGGGGAACUGCUGAUGUCUGCAGGGAUGUAACAAAGUCCAAUCAAACCAAAGUAUCAAAGUUCAGAAGGCCCCCAGAGAAGGUUGAGGUCGACUUGGGAACCAUUCCCUGUCAUUUUGUAGAAGAUAACCAUGUGUUCAAAACAGAAGGAGCAACACUAAGGACUAUAUUUACCCCGGGUCACACAGAUGACCAUAUCUGUUUGUUUUUAGAAGAGGACAAGGUUCUGUUUUCAGGAGACACAGUCCUAGGAGAAGCUACAGCGGUAUUUGAUGACCUCCACACAUAUAUGGCCUCAUUACAAAAAAUGGCAGAGCUUAAUCCAUCGGUGAUCUAUCCAUCUCAUGGGCCGGUUGUGGAAAACCCAGUAGAAAAAAUACAGUUCUAUAUCAACCAUCGUCUACAGAGAGAGAAUCAAAUCAUUCAGUUUUUGGAAUCAAAACCCACAUCAUCUUUCACACCUCUGGAAAUUGUAAAAAAUGUGUAUGAGAAUUUGGCACCAGAGUUGGAGUUAUCAGCAGCUAAUAAUGUUAAACGUCACCUCUCUAAGUUAAUAAAGGACAACAGAGUUGAACAACAUGUCAAAGACAAUGAAGAGGUCUGGAGUAUAAAGAAUAUCAGUAAAAUUUGAAGAUUUUUACAAAUGUAGAAAUUGCAGGGUUCCCUUUAAUGAAAGCCAUCAAAUUAUGAAAUGAAAGAAAAUGUGAUAAUUACUCAGUAUUAGCUAUAAAAGACAGAUUUUUAUGAAUGAUUUUUUUUGUACAUAUUCUAGACAAAUUAAUAAAAAUGCAUAAACAGUA